GGGGCGCUGAGACGGGGGCGGGGCCUCGCGCUCAGACUUAAAGGGCCAGGGCCACCUUGCGUGUGCCGCGGGAGCGCGAAAGGUGGAGAUGAGGGGGACGACCCACCCGAGGCCAUUCUUGGGAUCAUGAAGGCCGCGAGUUAAUUAUUUACUCAUAAUAAAUAAGUUAUAAAUAUAUUGAGACAGUCUGAAGGACGAUUCCCAAAACUGAGCUAAAUUUGAUGGAGGGAGCCAGCCACCUGUGGAGUGGAACCCAAAUCAAGUUGUUCCUUAGGCUCUGACUCUACCCUUAGGUGACCCAUUCCGUGUGGUCUUGCAGUGACAAACUUGGAGCAGAGUGACAGAGCCAGCUGCCUUUGUUAAAGCAUUGUGCUUCAGUUGUCCCUUCUUGUAAAAUGGUGAUAAUGUUGCUUGCUCUAGUUAUCUUUAUAGGGUAAAGAUAAAAUUAAAUCCUGUAUUAUUCUCUACUUAAAGAAGCGCUUUUAGGAAGUUCCCCUGUGGCUCAGCGGGUUAAGGAUCCCAAGCAGGCUGCAACUGCCGGUCAGGUUCGACCCCUGGCCCAGGAACUUCUACAUGCUGCGAUUGUGGCCAAGCGCUUUUAAAAGGGCUGUCACUCUGGGCAGUUCUAGCUUCUUCCUUCUCCCAAUCUCCUUCUCCCCGAAGCAUCCACCAGAGGACGCAGCUUCCCCCAAACUUUCCACUCUGCUUGGCUAGAGAGACUCAGUCCACGUUUUCCUGCUACUCCGGGCCCGCAGUUAAAUCACUGCAGCCCCAGACUAAGCUGUCCGUUACCAUGGGAACGGAAAGCCAUGACGUCACCAUUGUCUGGGAAAGUGGACGGCUGCCCCCCGCGCGUGUCCGAACUACCACGCCGGCGACCACGCGUGAGCACGCAGAAGGCCCAAACCUCCCACCAUACCCCUCAGAACUUUCCCCGAACUCCUCCUUGCCUCUAUCCCCAAGGAAGUCAAGUCAGUCAAAUAACGAGGCUCAGCCUGUCCCAAACCCGCCGGGGCCCCUCAGAUCACACCCGCACGCUAGAAUCCUGCUCCUGGGCCGCGGUUUCCCUCGGACCCCGCCCCGCUCCUCGGGCCCCGCCCCCCGGCAGCGCGGGCGGGAGGCGGGGCCGGGGGCGCGGCCGGGGGCUGCGCAGGGGGCCGGCGCGUAG